CGGAAACAAUGAGCAAUGAUUUAUCACUUAUUUUCAUAGCUAUUCGCUAACUUCAGUGACAUUUGUGUAGCGAAAUGCUGAGUUGUUCCCGCUCCAGUACCUCCUCCCUUAUACAGAGUUGAAAGAAAACGAUAUCAUUUGUUUCGUUUCAGAGUUGUUCGUUUUAGUUACUAUCAUCUAAAUGAUUUGCAUUGGGGCACAACAGUUGAGGUUUUUCUUACCUUCGGUUUACGAGUAAAAUGAUGACCCCAAAAUGCGGAUGAAAUGUCCGUUGCCUUUAUCAGUUGGCAAUACCAAUCCAUGGAAUGCAACAGAGGAGUUACUUCCGAGUCGGGGGGAUGGAAGGACAGUUGCCAUUCCCACUAACUUCAUGCCGCAACAAACAUUUGGGAGCCCUUCGAGAACAAGUAAAGAGUCAUCACCUAUGUUAACUGUGAAAACGGCAACAAAACAGGGCACACAUAUAUGUGAACACCCUCUCCGACCACAAUGGAUAGCCGGUCGGGGAUCAGGAACCUCCCAUAUAAUGGAACUCGACCGUCUAGGGGUGAGUGGAGAGUGCAUUCUACAUUCACAGUGCAACAAUGAAACAUUGACAAAGAAACUGGAAUGUGCGCAGGAAGAAGUCAGUCGAAUGAGAGCACUACUGGCCACCUUUGAAUCGGAAGUGGUAGUAUUGAAAGCGGAACUGGGUCGAAAAAGGUCACAGAUAGCUUCCCUAUCAGCCGAAUCGGAAGUCAAAGACAGCUUACUACGCCAGUUGGACUCUGCUUUUGCAUGUGUCGCAGCGCGGUGGAAGGAACGGGACGAGAAGUACGGCCUAGAACUGACAAGAAUGAGCGAGGCGGAACGACGGGCCCAGGAAAAACUGGAAAAUAUACAAAGGGAAUUUGAAAACUGUAAACUAGAGUGA